CUCAUCUUCUCCGCAAAAAAAAAAAAAAAAUGGAUUCAGCUAAAAAGUGUGGAUUCCUGGUAGCCAGCUUCCUCCUCCUGACUCUACUGGUGGAUCCCACAGCUGCCUGCACUUGUGCCCCUAGACACCCCCAGUCUGCAUACUGCAAUGCCGACAUAGUGAUCAAGGGCAAAUUUGUGGGUGUCAGCAAGGAGCUUCUAAACAUCUCCAUAGGAGAACCUGUGUGGCUAAUGCGCCAUGAGAUCAAAACCACCAAGGUGUACAAGGGCCCUGAGGAGAUGCAAGAUGUUCAAUUCCUCCACACCCCUUCCAUGGAAAGCCUCUGCGGAUAUGAACACAAGGGCACUCUCAAAGGAGAAGAGUAUAUCAUUGCAGGGAUGUUAGAAGGCAAUCGUGUCAUAAUCUCAGCCUGUUCCUUCAUCCAGCCCUGGGCUCAGCUAUCUGCUGCACAGAAACGAGGCCUGAGUUCAGAAUACAGCAAGGGCUGCAACUGUAUAGUCGUGCCCUGCACUUCCAUGCCAUGUUCCGUCUCCUCCGACAAUCAGUGCCUGUGGACAGAUGGGAUCACAUCUCGGAUAUGGGAAAGCAUCCAGGCCAAACGUUUGGCUUGCCUGCCCCGUUCUGAAAAGCUCUGCGCCUGGCAAUCACUGAGCAUCCAAGAGCCUGGGCCCCUACGCAGGGCUCGCCUGAGGCAGUGACAUCUCCAUGGACUCUGGUCCUCCCCCCCAUGAAUAACCCCCCAAGCUACUCUUGUAGCUGGGUUGUCUCUUUUCUAAUAAACACUAAUUCCAAA